UAUAAAGUCACCAGCUUAGCUCUGAUAUGGCUGUAGCUCUAUUUAUGAUGUCCUCUGCACAGAUCUACUCUGACAUUGACAUAUUAUUACUUAUUGGAAUGUCUGUCCUUCAGGUAGCACAGAGGGAGGAUGGUGAUCCUCAGAGGGAAGGAAAGGAAGUUGUUGAGGAAGAACCGGUGGCCACGCCCAAAGAGGAGGCCAAGAAGAGAAGGAAGGCAAAAAGGAAGAGGAGUGGCAAGAAGUCAAGGAAGCUGGGCACUGACAACGAUGCAGUCUCCAGGAAUAAACACCUGGAUAGAGGAUCUGUAAUUGAGCUCCUGGAGAAGAAAGCUGUUAAGGCUGCAUUCGGCCCAGGCAACAAGGAUGAGAUGGAAUACUCCUACCCAAUCCUCAUCUCAUUCCUGCGCAAUCUUACUGAUGAGCAGUGGCAAGUGAUCUACAAAGGACUAAAAAACCCUAUGACGAAGGAACAGCUUGCCAAAUUGUGCAAGACAAUUGUAACCUUCAUCGCACAGACCACCCUGCAGAUCCUGCUGCCAGCCCUGGCCCGCGUACUUGGGGUAAAGGACUUUGCUGACGACGACACUGACUCACCCAAGAGGGGUGGUAGUGCAAGAUCCUUUGCUGCCUUUGAUCAGGAAAGACUGGAGCUCAUCCAGGAAGUUAGAUAUCUGGCGAAGAAAAUGUAUAAGGGCGGCACAGGGACUCAACAUCUCAGGUCCCUAACACCCUCUUCUAAGAGUUCCCAGACCUCAGUGAAAGUCCACCUGGGAAUGACAGAGGACAGAAUCAUCAAAAGUGUCCAGGAGCAACUGUCUGAUCAUAAUAUCCUGUCCUCUUGCCCACCUGAGCUGACUGUUGGUCUUAUCAAGGUGGUGGUCGAACAGCUUAACUCUGCCCUCUCUGCGACCAUCAGCAGAGCCAUUUCAGGGCGGUCCUCCCCUAUUUCUUCUGGUACCCAGGCCGCUGAACAAAUGGUCAACAUGGUCCAGAAAUGUUUUGAUGAUCACACCACCCCAGAGGACCAGAGCUCUACCUCUGUAUUAGAGUCAUGCAUUCCACCUGCAACAGAAGAAGUGAUGACUGUUAUCGCAGAGAUGGUGGGUGAAUUGGAAAAAGAAGAUCCGGAAUUGGCUAAGGUUUUUCGAGAAGUGGCUGUGAAAGUUAAAAUGUUGGCAUCUGGCAGUGACCUUGUAGUGGAGCACCUGGAUGUUGAAGACUCUCCUGUUCCAGAGGAGCUGAACAUAAUAUGUACAUCUUGCGAAGCAAUGAUGCAAAAUCUUGGCACGCUGUUUAGUGUGAAGUUCAAGACCAAAGCCUCAAAGGCUGUGAGUGAAAUUCUUGUGAGAAUGUUAAUGAGCGAUAUCUCUGGUAUGGUUCAACCUUCUCAUUCGUUUAGUACCACUCCAAGCUUGAUGAAUGCAUCUAGCCCAUCUGACAGGAUCCUUGAUUCUGCGGCCACUGGGCUCAUACAGAUCAAAGUAGAAUCUGAGGCAUCAAAAAUUAUUGAUAACUUUGUUGAAGAUGUCAAGGACAUUGUGCAGUAUGCUGAAUUAGAUCAGCCAACAAGCACCCAGAGAGAUACCCAAGUGGGACACUGUACGACAAAGCGGAAACCCUUCCGUGCAGCUCGUAGACUCUGCGAGAGACUUCAGGCUAAGCUGGAGACAUUGUUCCUCAGAAUGGGUGGAGCUCCAGUCCAAGGGGAAGAACUUAUGGAAAAAGCUGACUCCAGUGCUGUGCUUCUGGAGCAUACUGACUCCAGUGAUCUGCCUGUUUCAAUCCUGAGCUUGCCUUCCCCAUGUAAGAGUGAAUCACCUAUAUCAGAACGUAGUUCAUCUUCUUUAUCUGAUGGAUGUGAUUCAACUGGCUCUGUAGGAGAGAAAACACCAGAGCAACCUGAAACCAGUAAGAGUGAGGCAAUACUGCAAGUGGUCAACUCAACAGGACUUGGUUCUCUCCGUAAAUGCCAAAGUGAGAACUCUCAACCAUUACUGUCUCUCUGUGAUUCCAACAUGGUGCCCUGCACCAAAGAGGUCUUGUCCCAGAUUGUGACCAUGUAUAGGUCAGAGGUGGCAGAUUUGGAAUGCACAUCAUCUGUUGCAGAGGGUUCCUCUUCCAACUCCCUUGAAGUCUGUGGCUUUUUGGACAGUGUCAUGUCUUAUCUAGAAGACAUGCCUGUGUCUGGCUCUUCAUGGGUGGAAGGAUUGAGAGAUACUCCAGCCUCAGUCAUUGAGAAACUCUCCAGUGAGGAGUUCCAGAUGAACGCUACCAACGAAGUGUGAAAAAUACUGAUCAAAUCAGUC